CACUGCCAACAAGGUGAAGGACUUAUUUUAGAUUGUUGAUGUCUGAAGAGGUGCCUCUGUGAUGCUGGCUUUGUUGGGGAGGUGUGAUGCUGAGGUCAGAACAUGUCCUGGCCUUUGGGCUCAAUGGGUAUGCCCACACAUCUGCCCCAUCGUUGCAGGGAACCCUCACCAUCCCCAGACAGGUGAUGGUGUUCAUCAGCAGGAAGAGUCGCUGUUGCAGGGAGCCAGGGAAUCUCCAAAGCAGAGAAUCCUCAAAAGGGGUCGUGCCGUCCUUCCUUGAUAGCAGCCAGCCUUCAAUAAGUUUCCACCACGGCCUACUUUUCAGUAUAGGAUCCAAGUUUUAAUUUCACGCAGGUAGAGGUCUGUGUUGAUGCCGUGGGCCAGUGCGCAAGAGCUGGGCUUCUGCUCUCCAGCAAUCCUUAAGUAAGCGUUCCUCGAGUGGCCCAGGGGGCUUUCCAGGCGGGUGUGGGUGUCUGAGCUCCUCAGCCUCUCUGCUGCAAUAUCCAGGGGUGCGUCCCCCCUUUUCCGAUUCUUGACGUCAAGCUCUGACAGCGCGAAGCCUCGCAAGGGCGGUGGAGAGCAGAGGGAGGGUGGCAGGGAGGGGAAGCCAUUGCAGCAACAGCUUGUGGGAGGGAGCUGGACGUCUCUAGGUGGAGAAAAACCGGGAGCGAGGGCCAGAGUAGGGGAGGAAGGAGACCUGCCGGUUUAGGGAGCCUCUUGCUGCAAAGAGGGGCGGGGAGAGGCGGGGGCGCUGCAUGCAACGCGCUGGCUCCAGCGGUGCCCGCGGGGAAUGUGACAUCAGCGGCGCCGGGCGCUUGCGGCUGGAGAAGGCAGCUCGCCUCGGCUGCGCGGUGCACACCUCGCCCGGGGGAGGACGCGGACUCCGGCAGGCGGCCGGGAUGUCGGCGAAGGAGAGGCCAAAGGGCAAAGUGAUCAAGGACAGCGUGACCCUCUUGCCCUGCUUCUAUUUCGUGGAGUUGCCUAUAUUGGCAUCAUCGGUGGUUAGCCUGUAUUUCCUUGAACUCACAGAUGUCUUCAAACCUGUGCACUCUGGAUUUAGCUGCUAUGAUCGGAGUCUUAGCAUGCCAUAUAUUGAACCAACCCAAGAGGCAAUUCCAUUCCUCAUGUUGCUUAGCUUGGCUUUCGCCGGACCUGCGAUUACGAUUAUGGUAGGGGAAGGAAUUCUCUACUGUUGCCUGUCCAAAAGAAGAAAUGGGGUUGGACUGGAGCCCAACAUUAAUGCCGGAGGCUGCAACUUCAACUCCUUCCUUAGAAGAGCCGUCAGAUUUGUUGGCGUUCAUGUGUUUGGACUGUGCUCUACAGCUCUCAUUACAGAUAUCAUACAGCUCUCCACAGGCUAUCAGGCGCCAUACUUUCUAACCGUGUGCAAGCCAAACUACACCUCCCUGAAUGUGUCUUGCAAAGAAAAUUCCUACAUUGUGGAAGACAUUUGCUCAGGAUCUGACCUCACAGUGAUCAACAGUGGCAGAAAAUCAUUCCCUUCUCAACAUGCGACCCUCGCUGCCUUUGCUGCUGUGUACGUUUCGAUGUACUUCAAUUCCACAUUAACGGAUUCCUCUAAGCUUCUGAAACCUCUCUUGGUCUUCACGUUUAUCAUCUGUGGGAUCAUCUGUGGGCUAACACGGAUAACUCAGUAUAAGAACCACCCAGUUGAUGUCUAUUGUGGCUUUUUAAUAGGAGGAGGAAUUGCUCUGUACUUGGGCCUGUAUGCUGUGGGAAAUUUUCUGCCUAGUGAAGAGAGUAUGUUCCAGCACAGAGAAGCCCUCAGGUCUCUGACAGACCUCAACCAAGACCCCAGCAGAGUAUUAUCUGCUAAAAAUGGCAGCAGCAGUGAUGGAAUUGCUCACACAGAAGGCAUCCUCAACCGAAAUCACAGAGAUGCCAGCUCACUGACAAACCUCAAAAGGGCAAACGCUGAUGUAGAAAUCAUCACUCCACGGAGUCCCAUGGGGAAGGAGAACAUGGUUACCUUUAGCAAUACCCUACCUAGAGCCAACACCCCAUCCGUAGAAGACCCUGUCAGACGAAAUGCCACCAUUCAUGCCUCUAUGGAUUCUGCUCGAUCAAAGCAGCUUCUCACCCAGUGGAAGAAUAAGAAUGAAAGCCGCAAGUUGUCCCUGCAAGUUAUAGAGACUGAGCCUGGACAGUCACCACCCAGAUCCAUAGAAAUGAGGUCAAGCUCAGAGCCCUCCAGAGUAGGGGUGAAUGGAGACCACCAUCCUCCCAGCAAUCAGUACCUCAAGAUCCAGCCUGGCACUGUCCCCGGAUGUAACAAUAGCAUGCCUGGAGGACCAAGAGUGUCCAUCCAGUCCCGCCCUGGGUCCUCGCAGUUAGUGCACAUCCCCGAGGAGACGCAGGAAAACAUAAGCACCUCUCCCAAAAGCAGCUCUGCUCGGGCCAAGUGGUUGAAAGCUGCAGAGAAGACCGUGGCCUGUAAUAGAAGCAACAGCCAGCCCCGAAUAAUGCAAGUAAUAGCAAUGUCCAAGCAGCAGGGUGUCCUGCAAAGCAGCCCCAAGAACACCGAAGGCAGCACUGUCUCCUGCACUGGCUCCAUCCGCUACAAAACCUUGACAGACCACGAACCCAGUGGGAUCGUAAGAGUUGAGGCUCACCCGGAGAACAACAGGCCCAUCAUACAGAUCCCAUCUACCGAAGGCGAAGGUAGCGGUUCCUGGAAAUGGAAAGCCCCUGAAAAGGGCAGCCUUCGCCAAACUUACGAGCUCAACGAUCUCAACAGGGACUCAGAAAGCUGUGAGUCCCUGAAAGACAGUUUUGGCUCUGGAGAUCGCAAGAGAAGCAACAUAGAUAACAAUGAGCAUCACCACCAUGGAAUCACCACUAUCCGUGUCACCCCAGUAGAGGGCAGCGAAAUUGGUUCAGAGACGCUGUCUGUUUCUUCUUCCCGCGACUCUACCCUGCGGAGAAAGGGCAACAUCAUCUUAAUCCCUGAAAGAAGUAACAGCCCGGAAAACACUAGAAAUAUCUUCUACAAGGGAACCUCCCCAACACGGGCUUAUAAGGAUUGAGUUAUGGGAUUCAAUCCCUUGAGCGACCCCCCCAGAAGACCAUGUCUUGAUUCUCCCUCUGUGCUCUGUUUUCAGUGGAUUGGGAAGCCUUCUCAUCAAACUGGGUCAUCUUACCAUCAGCCCCAGCUCAAAGACUCUUGAGAACUACUACAGCAAAGCUUGUAGAUUUCACAUCAAGGGGAGGGAAAAGCACAAUGCAAGAACCUAAUUAAUAUGAUAAGGUGAAGAAUCUUAAGACCUAUCUUCAAACUCAAAAGGUUUGCAGAAGGCAGUAUCAGAAGAAAGUGGUUUCCUUCAGUGUAUACUAUUUUACUUCCUGAAUGUGCCAACUUUAGGGAUUUUUCUUUAUAAUUAGCUGUGGGAAUCCAGAACACGGUUCCCUACAGCAGAGGCCAUGCAGUAUUAUAUAUUCAUUUUGCAGAAUCUGCGCCUACAGCCCAGUAAGGGUGGUGCUGAUUAUUAUAGUACACAUACCAUGUAAACUCUCAAAUUCUAUUUAGCUGUGAAAUAGUGGCGUGCAAUUCCUUGUCAAAGAAAUGCUACUGUAUUAAGAAGAUGCUGGCUGCUUUGUGUUAGAAUAGGACACCCCGCAGCUUCUCUGUAGUGGCUCUGUCACAGUCAAAAAAUGAAAAAGUUUUGUGCAUUUCCUCAAAAUUAUGCUUUCUUCAACAACAAAAAAUGUGUAGGAAUAUUUUCAGUGAAAGGGAAUAACUAGUACUUUUCUACAUAGUUUUUUUUUCUUGCUGCUUACUUUUUAUUUAAGUGUAGGUACUACUAAUGAUUCUGUUUUUUAGUGAGUAAAUUUGCAUAACUUAAAAAAUACAUUGUUUUAGAGUUUUUCAAAAUUGUUGUGAUCAUAUUUUGCAUUUUAUGGCUCCUUUAUUUAUUAAUUAUUUUUUUGAUGUCAUAGAUAUGUUUUUCUAUUUUUAAAGCAAGAAUAACAGUUGACAUUCCUUGAGCAAAAUAUACUGCUGUGAAUUUAUAAACAAGAAAUCUGAACCAACACUUGACAUUGUGGGUUACAUUGCCAGCAAUGUUGGUUGAGUCUACCCUUGGACAUCUCCAACCAGCUGGUUUAGGUUGCUAUCUUAAUCAGUAAUCCAAAAACUCUGUUUUGUUCCAGAUUAGUAAUUUUUUGUAUUCUAAUAACCAGUAAAUCAGAGCAACAGUAGUUAGGUUUUACCUUCUUCCC